AUGAAUAUUGUUGAAAGGAAAUGCAAAUUACCAACCUUUAAGCUGAAGCAGCUGCCAUCUUUAGAACCAAUAAUUGUUUCAAAAUAUUUAAAUACUGAAAACAAUAAUCAAUCGAUUACUGUAGGUGGAGAUGCGACUGGACGUUCUCAACAUUUCUCGCUUUAUAAAAAAUUAACAAAGAAAAAGAAAAUUGAACUUAAAGGCAUUGAAUCAUGCAGAUAUGAGACUUAUCAAGGUCACGUCGGUAAUUAA